AGCUAUUUGCGGUGUCAAAGUGGAAAAGACACAGGUAAAUGCCGAGUCUCUCGCUUAUUGUCUGCGCGAGUCGGUUCGGCAUAGUUCCUCAUAUAAGUGUAUUAUUUUUGGGCUUUGAGGUUUCAUUUCGUCGAAAUCCGAUUAGGAGGUCGACAGAGAGACCGCUUGGUCGGUUUUUAUAGCAGAAUAUCUGACAUUCAUCUGGGUUUCUGGUGUUAUUCCUUUGUAAAUACUGUUAUUUGUAUAUACUGUAAAUGAUGACGUCUGUGGGCGGAAACCGAGCCUGCGGCAGUUGGGAGCAGCAGACAGGCCAGACACAGCACAAGCAGAGACCUCAGGCCACUGCUGAGCAGAUCCGACUCGCGCAGAUGAUUUCGGACCACAAUGAUGCUGAUUUUGAAGAAAAAGUUAAGCAGCUGAUUGACAUCACAGGCAAGGACCAGGAUGAGUCUAUGAUUGCAUUGCAUGACUGCAACGGGGAUGUCAACAGAGCCAUCAACGUGUUGCUGGAAGGUAGCCCAGAUACUGACUCUUGGGAGAUGGUGGGGAAGAAGAAAGGAGUGUCUGGUCAGAAGGAGCCUGGCCAUGCUGAGACCGGAGAGGAAGGAAAGGAGAACCGGGAGAGGGGAGCAGAGAGGGACGUGGCACGUCGUCGAGGUGGAGCCCCACGCAGGGGUAGAGGGGCUAGUAGGGGGCGAGAGUUCCGUGUACAGGAGAAUGGUCUGGAUGGAGGAAAGGCUGCUGGGAUAGCAGGCAGGGGCACAGAGCGAGGCCACAGGGGGAGGGGCAGAGGAAGAGGGGGAGAACGGGAGCGAGGCAGGCGAGGGGGACGGUUUUCUGCGCAGGGCAUGGGCCAGAUUGAUAAGGGGCCCAGAUAUGAUUUUUCAGGAGAUGAGAGAACGUUCAACCCAGCGGACUACGCUGAGCCGACCCAGACAGAGGAGAGCUACAGCGGGGGAAGCACCUGGAACAACACGGGAAACCUGGAGCCAGAGGAAGGACCCAGGAUUGAGUACUCUGCAGGAGGAGAGGGAACAAAUUACCAACCCAAGUUUGACUCUGCCCCUUGUACCUGGAGGAGUGCGACGGAGGAGUGGGGUACUGAGGACUGGAAUGAGGACCUGUCAGAGACCAAGAUCUUCACAGCCUCCAGUGUGGUCUCCAUGCCACUCCCCCAGGAGAAUGUCACCAUCACUGCAGGACAGAGGAUUGACCUGGCAGUGCUGCUGGGGAAGACUUCCCCGUCCUCUGAGGCCCCGGGCCCCAUAGAGGCCAGCCAGCCCCCCCUCCCCCAGUCACUUGUGUUCAGCAACUCCAAGCAGCCGCUGUCUCAAACCACCUCCAGCAGCACCUCCUACACCCAGCACAGCAUGGUGAACAUGCUGCGGAAGGGCUUUGGGGAGGUGGGGGACCCUAAAGGAGGCAGCACAGGGACGACCAGCGGCUCCCAGUUCUUGGAGCAAUUUAAGACUGCGCAAGCCUUGGCCCAGCUGGCUGCCCAGCAGUCCCAGACAGGACAGCCCAACCUCACCCCCUCUUCCUGGGACACUAACUCUGCAGAGCUGGGCCACUAUGACAUCAAGGCCCAGCCAGAGCCUCCGGUCCACAGCCCCUUCACCAAGCGCCAUCCCUACCAGCCCACCACCUCCGUGUUGGAUGCUUUCCUCCCCUCUUCCUCAGUUUCCUCCUCCCUGCCCUCACAGAGCAGCCCCUCGUCCCACAUGGCGCCCCCUGUGUCUGUCCUCCCCAAGAUGGUGGUGUCCCCUGACUCAUCGGAUGCUCAGGGUUCCAGCCCUCUGCCACUGCAGCAGCACAAGCUCAAGCAACAGAAGAAGAGGACCUCCAUCACCACCAAGAUCCCAGCAAUGGCGGUGGAGAUGCCUGGCUCGGCAGACAUCUCUGGGCUGAACCUGCAGUUUGGAGCACUGCAGUUUGGCUCUGAACCUGUGCUCCAGGAGUACGACAGCGCCAACACCACCACCACCACCACACCAGGAAGCCAGGUUCAAAACAGCCUCUACACAAGCCCCAGCUGUGAGGCGAUUCCCUCCAACCCCAGUCAGAUUGACAUGUACGACCAGAGGGCUCCCCAGGCCCGGCGCUUCCCCACCCCUGUCUCCUCCCCGCAGAAAGAGAAUGGAUUCAAUUCAAUACAGACGCAUUCUGUGGAAGCUGCAGCAGGCUCUGCAGUGUCUGUGAAGUCGGCCUCUGAUUCGGCCACGCCUGUGUCAGUCUCCAUGGCUACAUUGACAGACAGUUGCUCAGGGCCCGUGUCCUUGUUGACCACAUCCAAUCAGUUGUCGCACAGCGCUCUGGGGCACAAUGAAGAGCUGCCCCCGAAUACCAUGCCUCAGCACAGCAAUUCCCUUUCUACACAGCAGAAAAGUCUCGCGCCAUCCCAAGUCCGCACAUCCAACACCAGUCUAAUGCACCAGAGCAUAGAGGACUCUAGCUUGCACUCUUCCUCUUUCGCUUCCUCUGUCUCGGCGGUCCCCUCUUCCUCUGUCCUCUCUUCCUCGUCGGUGGUUGCAGCAGCUCAGCAGGUCUCCAUGGGGGCCCCUCAGCCCUCUUCAGUGAACAUAGUGUCUCAGUCAGCCCCCUCGGGCUUGGCCCCUGUGAGCAACCUAGCGGCCAUGGGCCUCCACACAGUAGCCUCCAUGGGACCUCCAGCCGUUGCCUCCGCAGCCAUGUCCACAGGAGCACCAGCCCAGGCUAUCGCUUCCUCCGCCUCAUCACGCAGCUCUGCAGUCUCCUCAGGGAAAGCACCUCCUAACCUGCCUCCUGGAGUGCCCCCUCUGCUUCCCAACCCAUACAUAAUGGCCCCCGGACUACUGCAUGCUUACCCUCCUCAGGUGUAUGGCUAUGAUGACCUACAGAUGCUCCAGACAAGAAUACCAUUGGAUUACUACAGCAUCCCGUUUGCCACCCCCAGCACAGCACUGACUGGCAGAGAUGGCAGCCUGAGCAACAACCCUUACUCUGGUGACUUAUCAAAGUUUGGUCGAGGUGAUGCGUCGUCCCCGGCGCCGGCCACCACUUUGGCCCAGCAGACGCAGCAGAACCAGAGCCAGACGCACCACACCACGCAGCAGCCUUUCCUCAACCCAGCGCUGCCCCCAGGCUACAGCUACACCAGCCUGCCCUAUUACACUGGCGUGCCAGGCCUGCCCAACACCUUCCAGUAUGGCCCCGCUAUGUUCCCGGUGGCUCCUACCUCUUCGAAGCAGCACGGUGUGAAUGUUGGAGUCAAUGCCUCGGCAACUGCCUUCCAGCAGGCCAGCGGCUACGGUACCCAUGGUUACAACACUGGCUAUGAGGAUAUGGGCCAGGCUUCAGGGAGUGGGGAUUUCUGUAAGGGUGGAUACGGCACUGCCGUGGCUGCCACCGCUUCUGCACAAAACAAGCAAGCCAGCUCUGUCAGCGGGCCUGGAGUCGGAGUCUCGGUGACAUCAAGCAACACCGGGGUCCCAGACAUUUCAGGGUCUGUUUACACAAAGACACAGCAGCAGCAGUCUUAUGAGAAGCAGCAGGGUUUCCACGCUGGUACACCGGCAGCUUCCUUCAGCCUGCCCUCGGCCCUGGGCGGCGGGGGUCCCAUCAACCCCCCAGCUGCGGCUGGUUAUGCUCCAGCCCCCUUCAUGCACAUCCUGGCACCGCACCAGCAGCCCCACUCGCAGAUCCUGCACCACCAUCUGCAGCAGGACGGACAGAGCGGUGGCACUGGACAGCGCAGCCAGAAUGCUUCGCUUCAACAGAAGACUCAGAUCAACAAGUCUGCAUACAACAGCUACAACUGGGGGGCCAACUAACACCCGCCCAUCAUCCAGCCCCCUGUCCCGAAGUCUGACAAAGGGGGGCGUCCUUCCCCACGAAUGGUCUCCAUAUAACCCCCUCUCUCCUACAGUGAUCCCAUUCUCUUGGCUCACCACACCGAGGGAAAGCACUAGUGUGGCGAGGAGAGCAUGGGGGCAGUCUUAAAAAGAGAGCGGGCUGGAGUUAAAUGGUUAUAGUAACAGUUUGUUAAGAGCUGAUUAUUGAGUGUUUGGAAUUUUGUAUCGUGUUCAACCCCCC